AUGAGGUUAAAAUGUGUUAUGAACUCUCUUGUUGGCCCGCUACAAUCAUCAUUCAUCGAAGGCCGCCAAAUUCUAGAUGGCGCCCUAAUUGCAGGUGAACUCAUUGAUACUUGCAAACGAGAAAAACUCCCAGCAUCUCUUCUGAAAAUUGACUUUCACAAAGCAUUCGAUAGUGUAUCAUGGAGAUUUCUUGACUGGACCCUUGAACAAAUGAACUUUCCCUCACAGUGGAGGCUCUGGAUUCGGUCAUGUGUAAUGACUGCAUCAUCCUCGAUCUUGAUCAAUGGCUCACCAACUGCCCCUUUUAAACUGCAACGGGGGCUCCGACAAGGGGACCCCUCUCACCGUUCCUUUAUAUUUUGUCCUCCAAAUAUUGAAUUUCUACAGAACAUAAAGAGGAUGCUCAUUCUAUUUCAUCUGGCUUCGGGUCUACAAGUAAACUUUCAUAAAAUCUCUUUAAUAGGCAUUAAUGUGCCUGAUCAAUGGAUGUCUAUUGCUACGACAUCUCUCUUAUGCAAGGAUGGCUCUCUCCCCUUCACUUAUCUUGGCCUUUCGGUGGGCGGAGAUACUUCACGCAUCAAGACUUGGGACCCUAUUGUGGAACGCAUCACAAAAAAACUUGACUCUUGGAAAGGCAGACUACUCUCUAUUGGAGGGCGCAUCACACUUAUCAAAUCAUCAAUCUCAAGUCUCCCUCUCUAUUACAUGUCAAUAUUUCCUCUCCCUAAAGGUGUGAUUGAAAAAAUCAACAAGUUCCAAAGGCAAUUCUUGUGGAGUGGAGGGCUCGGAAAAAUAUAUCUUUCACUUGUUGCCUGGCACAUUGUCGAACUACCCAAAGCCUUGGGUGGUUUGAGUAUUGGUAAUAUACUACACAGAAACAUAGCCCUCCUCUUCAAAUGGAUAUGGAAGUUCUUCAAUGACCCAAAUCACUCUUUGGAGGCAAAUAAUCCAACACAAAUACAAAUACCCACAAUCUCUUUCAAUCACUGA